AUGGAGCUGUUGCUGCCGCUCGCGGCUUUCGCAGCAGACACCGUCGCCAACGCGCGGCUCGUCGUGCUCUGGGGCCUCUCCCCGCCGUCGCCGCGGCUGUGGCCGUCGUACGCGCUGCUGGCGCUGCUGCUGCUGCCGCACGCGUGCGUCGCGCUCGUGGAGCUCCUGCGCGUGCUGCUUGCCGCCGCCGCGCUGCCCGCGGCGCUGCGCGCAUCGGCGCCGGCGGCGCCGGCCGAGCAGCAGCUCGCGGCCGCGUGCGGGUGGGUGAUGGCGGCGCCGUGGUGGGCGGCGGUGCCCGCGCUGCUGCUGCUGACAGGCCCAUGCCUGGUGGUCCUCAGUGUGGCGCUGCCGCUGACGCUGCCUCUGCACCUUCUGGGUCUGACCGGCCACGGCGCGGCGCAGCGAUACGUGGAGCUGCUGCAGGCCUGCUCGGCGGCGACCCUGGCGCCCUGCUCGGCCGUCAUCCUGACCGGCCUGCUGCUGGCCGGCAACAGCCCAGACACGCCGCUGCUGACGCCGACCCUGUACUGGGUGGUGCUGCUGGCCGCCAUGUGUGACAUGGCCGCGGCCCUGCACCUGGCGCUGCGGCGCGCCAGGGAGGAACGGCUGCGCGACGAGCGGCGGCGGCACCGCCUGGCCGCGGCGGCGGCCGGGGCGGCGGCGACAGAGCCGUGA